AUGUGCGGGAUUCUACAAUGGAUCAUCACCUCCAACGAGGGAUUCUCCGUGAUGCAAGAAGAUAUGGCGGCCAAUCUGCGUCCCGGUUUCACCGUGUCUAGAUUUGCGAGGCCUGGAGGAAGCUCGUACGAGUACGACUUUCUCUUGGGCGAGACAAAAGCCCCCGGGGAAUCCUGGGGCACGUACGCGGACCAUACGGUUUGCGCUGGUAAUGACAACGACACGAAGAACACUUAUGGCAUGCUUCAGAUUGGCUUCGAGAUUCAAUUUUACAAGUAUGAGAAUUAUCACUUCGAGGCGAUUGGCGGUCGGAUGCACUUGGUUAAUGAUGAGCAUAAUGUCACUGAUUGGUCCCGGCAUAUGAAGUCAAUCCCAAUGCCCGUUGUUAAUCACAAGUCUGACAGAGUUAUAAAGCUAGAAGAUCAAUGGUAA